UUUUUCCACUUACCAAAAUGCUUGGGAGACUCUUUGCACGUCCCAAUUGCCUAUUGAAUCGCCGCAAUCGAUACCAAUUACUGACCACUCUGAUAAUCAAUUUGAUAUCUGUUUCGCAUGGCAUUGGCAUUGGCUGGCUGUCGCCCACACUGCGGAAGCUCCAGUCGAACUCCCCCAUUGGCUUUGAGGUGAAAUCCGAGUUCGAAAUCUCCUGGGUGGGCUCCAUGCUGGGCAUGGGCUCAGUGACUGGCAAUAUACUGAUUGGAACGCUCCUCGGGCGCUUGGGCAGCAAACGAUGCCUGCUGUUCUUGGCCAUUCCACAUUCGUGCUUGUGGUUCCUGGUCUACUUUGCCCAGAGCGUGGAGUACCUCUAUGUGGGCAGGCUAUUGGCUGGCAUCACGGGCGGCGGCAUGUACAUUGUUCAUCCCAUUUUCCUCAGUGAAAUCUCAGACGCAAACAUCCGUGGAACCUUCUCGGCGAUGGUCAUGCUAUCGGUGAAUGUCGGCGUGCUGGGGGGCUACAUUGUGGGCACUCAUCUGGCCUAUUACGACAUACCCUGGAUGGUGUUGGUUCUUCCGCUGUGCUACUUCAUUUCCAUCCUGCUGUUCAUACGAGAGUCGCCCAUGCAUCUGAUACGCAUCGGGAAAUAUGCGGCAGCCGAGAGAUCCUUCCGUUACUACAAGAACAUCAAGGAUGGCGACAACAUUAAUGAUCAGAACCGUUCCAUGGAGGAGUUCGAGCACAUGAAGAUUGCCCUGACCAAAGGCGAUGAUAAGAAAGAUGCCGUCACAUUCAAGGACUUUGUAUCGCGUCCUGCACUCAGGGCGUAUGGUCCGGCCCUUGUUCUGCUGAUUGCCAACCAGUUCAGCGGUCUCUUCACCAUGGUCAACUAUAUGUCCGAUAUAUUUUCGAAAUCGGGCAGCACCAUGGAUCCGGACACCUCCACAAUCAUUAUCGGAGCGGUACAGAUCAUGGGCAGCUAUGUUACCACCCUGCUUUGCGAUAUCUGUGGCCGCAAGCUCCUCAUGCUCGUGUCCACCGCCGGCGUUGCCAUCAGCCUAAUAUCCUUUGGGUUUUUCACAAAGUACGCCCAGACGUACGAUCUGAGCGAAUGGAGCUGGGUGCCGCUGGUCCUCAUGUCGAUGGACAUCUUUCUGGGCAACAUUGGUCUCGUGGGCUGCUUCUUUGUCUGCCUCGUCGAAAUCUUUCCCCUUAAGAUACGUGCCAAAGCUGCUUCGAUUGCAAUUGUUGUUUGCAGCAGUUUUGUCUUUCUAAUGCUGAAUAUUUUCCCACUUUGCAUGCGACACUGGGGCAUAUCGGCCACCAUGUGGUCGUGUGGUGGCGUCUCGGCGUUUAGUUUUAUUUUCUUUGCAUAUUUCCUGAAAGAAACCAAGGGCAAGUCAAUGCUAGAAGACUGAAGAACAAAUAUGGAAAGCAUUCAAAGUGUAAAAAACAGCUGAAUGUUAAAUAAAUAUAUUACCUAUUCCUUUA